GGAUAGAUUUUUCCAGGUUCUUUCUACAUUCACCUUGGGAAACCGGAGGUCGAUAAUGUGUCAUUGUGCUAACACAUUGAACUACCAGUAGCAGCGCAAAUUAGAAUCCGAACUGCAGGAAAGUAUUUGAUCCCUAAAGCACGAAGAGAAGGCAAAGUCGAGAGAACAGUUUUUUUGUGAUAUAACAGCGCAAACUCCAAAGCAUUGACAGCAUCUUCUUUUCGAGCCAGCAACAAAUACGCCAACAAAUACAAGACAGCAUGGUCUGGAAAGCCGGUUCCCUGAGCCGCCGGGGAAGCAGAGACAGCGAUUGCUCCUCCUACUCUUCCCUUCCGGAAAAAUCCCCAGCCGAAACCGAGGUCCGAAGGAUUGCCUCCAAGAUUGGCCUCCCGGAGGACUCGGACCUACUGGCAACCGUCUGCCACAAGAUGCGAAAGGAAUACGUCGUGGAAGCAUGGCAGCUCCCCUCCCUCGAUUCGAGGCAGUGGGAGAAAAUGAAUGCCCCGAUCGGGCUGGCGGUGGCGGUUCAGCACCUGUCUAGCCAGCGUCUCCGGGAGCAGUUGCUCCAAUGUCGAGAGGAGCAGCAGAUCCAGGAGGACAUUGACGCGGACAUAGAGCGGCAGAUUUGUCUCACGCUGCCCUUUCGAGGACGCAACGAGCAGAUGGGACGCUCCCAUGUUUCCGAGCGGUGCAAUCCAAACGGUGACAUUUUGGCGUCCCUGAGCUCAACGACGUCCGACUCAAGCGUCGUUUCGGAACGAGGGAAAUCGAAGGAAACGAUCAAUAUUUUCACAGAGGCAGAAACGAAAACGGAGUCAGAUCUUACCGGCCCCGUGCUUUUGCCCAAUGCUGACGAAACAUCUAAAGAAAUCCCUCGUCUUGCCCCGCCUAUGAACCCAAAGCCUUCGUGCACCGGCAUUGAUACACCACGGGAAGACAUCGAUGAAGAUCCAAAGGAAGACCAGCAAAAGGAAAUAAACCAAGGACUCUUUGAUUCCGAUCAUGGUUCCGAAACUGCAGAAUUCAGCGAGCCAUUCCCAAAGUGGCUGAAUCUGUCUACGGUCGCUUCGGGGCAACACGACGAGAAACCACAAAAACUGCUGUCAGACGAGGAUUACGGCGAAAAACCCGACGGCAGGUUCAACGCGAUUGCAUCUCCUACGGAAACCGAGGAAACCAAGAACGGCUCGACCCACGAUAUUUCUAGUGGCAGCGAGGGUCUCGAAACUAAAGCGUCGCCAAGGAAGCAAUUGUCGGUUGUAACACACCGAGAACCAAGCAAGGACGACGUUGAAUCGGUCCAGGAAACCUUGGCGUUGAACGCGUCGUCAAAGCCAGUUGGAGACGAGACGAACGCUGAAGAAUCGCAAAUCAUUCCUGGCGACACAAUCGAAACACCGAAUGAAACGACGGUGCCAGCAUUGCCGAGACCUGUCGAAACACAGCCAAAUCCAGAACCAGAACACGCCGAAACCGAACCGAGCGAGAACACCGAAACAGACAGCACAACGGUGGAUAACACCCGUCUCGCAAGCGACGAGAACCAAGAACCGAAAAUUGCAUGUCCGCGCUCGAGUGGUUCGCCGCAGGCCAAAGACAAGACCGGGGAAAGAACGCUGGAGAAAACCGACAGUGAUUCGGAAUCGGAGGACGCUACCAAUAUCUUUUCGGGGCUGGGGUCGUGCGUGUCCUUUUCAGAGGAGGAGGAGGACGACGUGCUCGCCUUCGUCGUCGAGAGAGAAGCAGCGCAACAAAAAUCCCUGCUUGGCCCUAUUGCGGAGGAAUCCACCAACACCACUCCUGCUGCCGGUAGGUACGAAACAAACGAAAACGCCGCUUCUCCGGUUUCGGGAAGCGACGAUGACGAAAUCACGGUGGCUGUUUCCAACGUCAGCCAGGCAGCGAAAAAGUCCGGAUCGAGGAGGGCAAAAGAAACCUCCAAGAAAUAUCCCUACGACAACCGAGGCGAUCAGAAGAUUGAUACCAGUGCACUCCAGGUAAUUCUUGUCAGGCUGCCCGAUGUCGACCACAGAUCCAUUUUGAGCCAGUUGCUCAUCAUGGCCAACGCCAAGGACAAGGCUUCUCGCAUAACACUGGCAUUCCAGAUACAGGAUCUUCUUCUGGACCUAAUGGAAAAACACAAAAUGGAAGAAGGGUCUGAAAAGGCGGUGCAGCUGAUUUUCCAUCUCGCAAGACUCAAGAAGCAAUACCGGGUGAUCUUUGGCAAGUCUCUCUUCAAAGCCAUGUCGGCAUUGUACAAAGAGUCGGAAAAACGAAAGGAAAAAAACAGCAUUACUAGUGACAAGAAGGAAAAGAAAAAGGUGAUCGACCCCGAGCACCUUCCCGAAACAGAAAGCAGAGCACUGGAACAGAAUUCACCGAAACCCACCAUGGAGCAAGCCAAGAUUGGUCACGCGGCCGAUGUCCUCUCCGCGAUACAAUCGCCUACGUAGCCCGAAUCCAUUUGUCCUCCACCAUGUUUGAGUGGCGAGUGGCACAGAAUCAAAGUUAUAGUAUUUG